AGUUGUAAUUAUCAUAUGAUUAAUUUAUUAUUGGUUUGAUUAUAACACCAUAUACUGCUAUUUACUUUCAGACAAACUAUCUCUUUUUCACAAAAAAAAAUCUGUAAAUUUUGCAUCCACCAUUUGCCUAUUCCCCUCAAUUUCAUCGCUAACAAGGGGCUUUUUUCAUUCCUCCCGUACUCUCUUGUACCUGUAAUUCUGUGUAUACAAAGACAAUUUGAUUGUAAUCAAUGGGUUAUGAGAUAAACUCAAAACUUGUAAGUCUAGUUGUGUGUAUAAGCAGGGAUUUUGAUUGUUUUAUCCCAAAGAAAUCAAUGGGGUUUUCGUUCAUAAGGUGAAGUUAAAACCCUUUUGUGUUGUAAGUUUAAUUGUAUGUAUAAACUGGGAUUUUGAUUGUUUUAUCACAAAGAAAAAAAAUGGGGUUUUCGUUCAUGAAGUGAAGUUAAAACCCUUUUGUGUUGUAAGUCUAAUUGUGUGUAUAAACUUGGAUUUUGAUUGUUUUAAUCCAGAUAAAUCAAUGGGGUUUUCGUUCAUGGAGUGAAGUUAAAACCCUUUUGUGUUGUAAGUAUAAUUGUGUGUAUAAGCAGAGAAUUAGCUAGGUUGUUAUACAAUUACAAAUGGCUUUGGAGACUCCAUCAUCCGUAGUCCGGCGGAGUCCGGUAAGGUACCCGGAAGUUGAUUUGUCCCGUCUGAGUUUGAGUGAGCAAAUCGUGCAAAAAGGAAGUCCAGCAACGCCGGUGGUGGUCGACGAUGUGAUGUAUGUUGCUGUCGGGAAAGACUUGAAGGAGACUGAACCGACUUUGACAUGGGCUUUGCACAAGUCCGGUGGAAGGAAAAUUUGCAUUGUUCAUGUUCAUACUCCUGCUCAGAAGAUACCCAUGAUGGGUACAAAGUUUAACAUAGAUCAAUUGGAUGUGCACCAAGUCAGGGCGUACCAUGAGAAGGAAAAGCAAGACAUGCACAUGAUCCUGGAAAAAUAUAUUCUGAUCUGUGGACGAGCCGGGGUUCGUGCUGAUAAACUUGUCCUUGAAAUGGACUCGAUUGAGAAGGGCAUAGUCGAGCUUAUAUCGCAACAUGGUAUAGGGAAGCUUGUUAUGGGAGCUGCGGCAAACAAGUGCUACUCAAAGAAAAUGUCUUGCCUUAGGUCUAAGAAAGCCAUCUAUGUACGGUUACAAGCACCCACAUUCUGUUGCAUCUGGUUUGUAUGCAAAGGGAAUCUCAUUUAUACAAGAGAAAGUAAGUCAGACAGACUUAAUACAGACAGUGUGUCACCGUCAGUUCCAGCAAGUCCAGUUAAUGAUAUUGUUGUGAGAUCAGGAUCUGCGACAGAAGGUUACAGCGAACAAGUAAAGCUCAGGGGGGCUUUUACAGAAUAUCCCAGAGUUGCUUCUGACAGUCAUGGGACAAUCUUCUCUGGACAUCCCUCUACUGGGACUUUACAGGCUAAUUUUCCAUUUAUGAGUUCAGAUAGAAGUGCUGAUAGCUGGAAUGGCAUACCGCAAAUAAGUUCCUCAGUGGCUUCACGUUUUUCACCAAGUUCAUCUGUUGAAAUGGUUGAUGAUUCCUUUUCAAAGACUGAAAGGAACGAGACUGCAUUCGAUCCAUCCGGACUGCGCUAUUUCAAUUUCGGUCCGUAUCAGUCGUCUGCUCCAAGUAUAAUGCAGGCAGAGAAGGUGAAUAACGAGCUAUCUGGAAGCAUGAAUGAUGAACUCUAUGAUAGAUAUGAGCAGCAUGUUGCAGAAGCAGAAACCGCUAGGCGGGAAGCUUUUGAAGAAUCAAUCAAGCGUAGGAAAGCGGAAAAGGAUGCAAUUGAGGCUAGACAAAGGGCAAAAGCAUCAGAAACAUUCUAUGCUGAUGAGUUGAGACGGAGGAGAGAAAUAGAGGAAGCACUUGCAAAAGACAGAGAAAAAGCUGAUCAGAUGAAAGCACAGCUAAACAAACUUCUGAGAGAUCUGCAAGCAGCUCAAGCACAGAACUCUUCACUGGAGGGUCAACUCUUAGUUUCUGACGCUCAGGUACAAGAGUUGGAACAGAAAAUGUUCUCUGCUGUCGACCUUUUGCAGAAGUACAGGAAGGAGAGAGAUGAAUUGGAGGUGGAGCGUGAUGAAGCACUCAAAUCAGCAGAGGCACUGAGGGAACAGCACUCAGAUGGGUCUUCAUUAACAUCUACAUCUUCACUAUUUGCUGAAUUUUAUUUUCAUGAAAUUGAAGAAGCAACUCGGACUUUCGACCCAGCCUUGAAGAUUGGAGAAGGUGGUUAUGGAUGCAUUUAUAGAGGCCUCCUUCGUCACACACAAGUGGCAGUAAAGAUGCUGCACCCUCAUAGCUUGCAAGGGCCCUCAGAGUUCCAACAGGAGGUCAAUAUUUUAAGCAGAUUGAGGCAUCCAAAUGUUGUCACUCUUAUAGGAGCGUGUCCAGAAGCAUGGACUCUUGUAUAUGAGUAUCUUCCCAACGGAAGCCUAGAAGAUCAUCUUACCUGCAAAGAUAACACGCCUCCACUGUCGUGGCAAACUCGAAUCCGUGUAGCAGCAGAGCUCUGUUGUGCUCUCAUUUUCCUCCAUUCCUGCACUGCUCGGGGCAUAAUUCAUGGUGAUCUAAAACCAGCAAAUGUUUUGCUUGAUGCGAACUUUGUGAGCAAGCUUAGUGACUUUGGAAUUUGUCGAGUUCUCUCAGAAGAUGAAUUUUCAGAAAAUAGUACUACACUUUGUUACAGAACUGACCCGAAAGGCACAUUCGCAUACAUGGACCCUGAAUUCCUCCAAACAGGAGAGCUUACUCGAAAGUCCGAUGUCUAUUCGUUUGGGAUUAUAUUACUUAGGUUGUUAACUGGAAGAUCUGCAUUCGGGAUAAAAAAUGAAAUCCAAUAUGCACUGGAUAAAGGAAAUUUGAAAAAUUUGCUGGAUCCAACUGCUGGAGACUGGCCAUUUGUGCAAGCCAAACAGCUGGCUCACUUAGCUAUGAGUUGUUGUGAUAAGAACAGUAGGUGCCGGCCUGAACUUUCUUCAGAGGUGUGGAAGGUGCUUGAACCAAUGAGAGCUUCAUGUGGGGCAUCAUCUUUUAGAAUAGAUUCCGAAGAGCAUUGUGACAUCCCAUCCUAUUUUAUUUGUCCCAUAUUUCAGGAAAUCAUGCAAGAUCCUGUAGUAGCAGCAGAUGGCUUCACAUAUGAAGCAGAAGCAUUAAGAGGAUGGUUGGACAGCGGGCAUGAGACCUCCCCCAUGACAAACCUCACGCUGUCCCAUAAGAACCUUGUUCCUAACCAUGCUCUCCGUUCUGCAAUUCAGGAGUGGCUGCAACAGAAUUGACAGAAGUUUUCGAGCUCUAUGUAAUUAUCUAUACAAGUCAUUAUAUCCCUUCUUUUACCUUAGUUUUCGACAGAUGUUGAUCUCUAGUUCUAUUGUAAAUCAAUACUCCAAAAAACAUGUUUAGAUAGAAAUAGCAUAAACUGAACUGAAGUCUGAGCAUGGACAAAGUGGUUUGAUAAACAUACAAGAAAUAGAACAGGUGGACUUGUUUCCAUCAGUGUUAUGUAAAUUUGCUCUAAGGUCCAUUAGAAAGCGCAAAGCCGAGGCGGAACACUCUUAAUUAGAUUCUCAAUUAUUUAUAAUAUUUUGGUA